AUGGUGAGGGCCAGGAGAGGUGUUUUAUUACAAUGUGAUGCAUCUAUUAAAGCACUGAUAGUGCAAAUAGAUAGCGAUCGGAGUGACUUGAUACUGGAAGAACUGGAUGACACGCACCUGUUGGUGGACCCCGCUAAAGUAGAAUACAUCAAAAGUGAACUAAACAGACUACUUUCUAAGAAUGACUACAACCCUAUAGAUGAGGAGGAGGAGGAGGCAUGA